AUGACACAGGCCUGGGACGGAGCCGUUUUUGCCGCCCGGCGGCGCAACGAUGACGACGAUACAACCCGGGACAGCAUCUUCGUCUACACCAACAGCAACAACACGCGGGGCCCCUUCGACGGCCCCAAUUACCACAUCGCCCCGCGCUGGGUCUACAACCUGGUGUCGCUCUGGAUGCUCUUCGUGGUGGCGGCCUCGGUGCUCACCAACGGGCUGGUGCUGGUGGCCACCUGGAAGUUCCGGAAGCUCCGGCACCCGCUGAACUGGAUCCUGGUGAACCUGGCGAUCGCCGACCUGGGCGAGACCGUCAUCGCCAGCACCAUCAGCGUCAUCAACCAGCUCUUCGGCUACUUCGUGCUGGGCCACCCGCUCUGCGUGCUGGAGGGCUACACGGUCUCCGUCUGCGGGAUCACGGGACUGUGGUCGCUGGCUAUCAUCUCCUGGGAGCGCUGGUUCGUAGUCUGCAAACCCUUUGGCAACAUCAAGUUUGACGGGAAGCUGGCCAUGGGCGGCAUCAUCUUCUCCUGGGUCUGGUCCGCCACCUGGACCGCGCCCCCCAUCUUCGGCUGGAGCAGGUACUGGCCCCAUGGCUUGAAGACGUCCUGUGGCCCAGAUGUGUUCAGUGGCAGCUCAGACCCCGGGGUCCAGUCCUACAUGAUUGUACUGAUGAUCACCUGCUGCUUCAUCCCACUCAGUGUCAUCAUCCUCUGCUACCUGCAAGUUUGGAUGGCAAUCCGCACGGUGGCAGCCCAGCAGAAGGAAUCAGAGUCCACCCAAAAGGCGGAGAAGGAAGUGUCACGCAUGGUAGUGGUCAUGAUCAUUGCCUACAUCUUCUGCUGGGGCCCCUACACCUUCUUUGCCUGCUUCGCUGCCGCCAAUCCUGGCUAUGCCUUCCACCCACUGGCAGCUGCUCUGCCUGCCUACUUCGCCAAGAGCGCCACCAUCUACAACCCCAUUAUCUAUGUCUUCAUGAACAGGCAGUUCCGUAACUGCAUAAUGCAGCUGUUUGGGAAGAAAGUGGACGACGGCUCGGAGCUCUCCUCCACCUCCCGCACUGAGGUCUCCUCCGUCUCCAACUCCUCUGUGUCGCCGGCAUAGGAGGGACCCCCAUGGGCCGACAGACAGAUGGGCAGACGGAUGGGACUCUUCCCCACUCCCUGCCUGGCCCCACGCAGCAUGGAUCCCUCUUGA